AGUGCGGGGCAAAGUUUCCGCGCGGCUGAAGAGCGCGGGCGCACGUGCGCGCUGGGUGGGCCCUGGUGUCGGGGCCUGCGAGCGGAGGAAGUAUAUUCAUCUUUAGAAAGAACUUUAAAUGUCUUCAGAGGACAAAGAAGCUCAGGAGGAUGAGCUUCUUGCUUUGGCAAGUAUCUAUGAUGAAGAUGAGUUCAAGAGAGCAGAGUCUGUACAGGGAGGAGAAAUGAGAAUUUCUGUGGACCUGCCUCCAAACUUCAAUAUAUUUGUGAGUGGCAGUCCUUUAGAGAAUCUUCAGAAUGGCAAAUUCGAGUGCACUGUUCGCUUCUUGCCUCCAAUUGUUCUGAAUUUUGAAUUCCCGACAGACUACCCAUCAACCUCCCCACCUAUAUUCACUCUUAGUAGCAAAUGGCUCUCCCAAGUACAGCUCACUGCACUUUGCAAGCACUUAGACAACUUAUGGGAAGAAAAUCAAGGCUGUGUAGUCUUGUUUGCCUGGAUGCAGUUUCUCAAGGAAGAAACACUUGGGUAUCUGAACAUUUCCUCCCCAUAUGAGCCAAAAAUAUAUGAACAAGGAAAAAAGGAAAACCAAUCAAAUAAAGAAGAGGUUUGCUGCACUGUAGCAGGUGCUGCAGCAGCAGAGGAAGAAUUCAUUGAUGCAAGAGCAGUACAGGAUGUUGAGUCUCUGUCCAGCCUGAUUAGAGAAAUACUAGACUUUGAUCAGACUCAAAGAGAAAAGUGCUUUAAUAGUAAAAUGUACUUAUGCAAUAUCUGCUUUUCUGAAAAGCUGGGGAGUGAAUGUAUGCACUUCAUGGACUGCAGACAUGUGUAUUGCAAAGCCUGCUUAAAGGACUACUUUGAAAUUCAGAUCAGAGAUGGGCAGGUUCAUUGCCUGAAUUGUCCAGAACCAAAAUGUUCUUCUGUUGCCACUCCGGGGCAGGUGAAAGAGCUGGUUGGAGAGCAGCUAUUUGCACGUUAUGACCGCCUGCUUCUUCAGUCCAGCUUGGAUUUGAUGGCAGAUGUGGUGAAUUGCCCACGCCCAUGUUGCCAAACACCAGUGAUGCAGGAACCAUGUUGUAGCAUGGCCAUCUGUUCUAGGUGCAGUUAUGCCUUCUGUAUCCUUUGUAAGAAGACUUAUCAUGGUGUCUCUCCAUGUAAAAUAACUGCAGAGAAAUUAAUAGAUUUGGAGAUUGAAUACCUUCAAGCAGAUGAGGCUACAAGAAAAUUUUUAGAUCAACGCUAUGGGAAAAGGGUGAUUCAAAAGGCACUGGAGGAGAGGGGAAGUAGAGCAUGGCUGGAAAAGAAUUCCAAAUCAUGUCCCUCCUGUGGCACUCCUAUACAGAAGUUAGAUGGCUGUAACAAAAUGACAUGCACUGGCUGCAUGCAGCACUUCUGUUGGAUUUGCAUGGGAUCUCUGUCAAAGGCAAAUCCGUAUGGACAUUUUAAUGAUCCAAGCUCCCCAUGUUUUGACAGAUUAUUUCAAGUUUUGCAAAAUGAUGCUGGCUUCCAGGAUGAGGACUUUCAGGAUGAGGACUAGUCCCCACUCUAGUGUCAAAAGCUGAAGAAAGCAAAACUGUGGCAGUUGCCAUAUAUGCUCUCUGCAAGAUUCCCACAUGACCAAUACUGGAAUUAUGAUAAGGUUACCAAAGAACUACAACCUGACUUCAGAAGCUGGUUGUAGAACAGGCUGAUUAGCUAACCCUUAUGCUGUAAUUAAGUCACUCCUUUCCUUCAAAACCUUAUCCUUUAAAAAAUCUUUUUAAUUAUUACAAAGUAGGCAUUGAAUGUUUAGUGAAUGAACAAAUAUGCUGCUUUUUAAAGAACUUUUAAAAACUUGAAUGCAGAAUGAUGACAAAAAGAAAAUUUGAUCAGAGGUCAUUCUGGAUUAGCACCUUUAAUUGGUUAAGAGAGUGUAGUUGAACUGUGUACCAAGAGAAAGCAGAGCGUGUUACAUAUAAUGUAUGUUAAUUUUAAUGUGGGAGUAGAGUGUCUUUAUCCCUGUCCCUUUCUCUAGUGUGCUGCAGAUGCUUCUCCUCUUACGCAGGAGGAAGAUUAGGAAGACUUCCUGUCCGUUGCCUUGUUGAAUGAUGUUCUGGCUUACCCUGACCCACCUGCUACCUUCUAGUUGAUGUGGAUCAGAGCCUGCCAAAUUAUUAAUUUAUUAAUAAACCCCUUUCUGUACUGUGCUGUAACGGUUCACCUCCCUCCUUUAUUUUUGAGUUACAGGCAGCUGUAAUGUUCAUAUAAUUAAGUGGUUCAGUAAUGGCCAUAAUAACUUCCUUGCACUUUUCCAGUUUGUGUACACACUUGUCACGAACAUUAGUGGAACAAGGAGUGGAACCCCAUCCCUUCUGCAAACAGCUUGAGAGAGUAAUGUCAUGCAUGCACUAAAGAUGCCUAACUACUCCUAAUGAUUUGGGGAAAAAAUUAAAGACAAGCUGAUUGUUUUAGAAAACAUUUAUGCUUUUUAA